AUGCAAAACAUCUUGACGCUAAAGAAUGUGCUAAAUUUUGUCAACAAACCUUUGCUCAGAUGGGGAAGUGCCAACAUAAAUCGAAUUCCAAAGUAUGUCAUAAACGGCUACGUCAAGAACUACAGACAGACGAUAAUUACCGCCAGCAUUCUCGACACAACGUUCAUUUCGCUAAUUCAGGCGGGGAGCAAUUACAGGGGCUUCGUCAAACUGUUCAUGAAGGGGGGAGACGCGGAUGGGCAGCAGGGCAAUGGGCAGCUGGGCAGUGGACACCUGGGCAGUGGACAGCUGGGCGAUGAGAAAGAUGGGCGAAGGACUGAUGGGGACAGUGCUCACCUGAUCAACGUCGAUGACCCGAAUCUCCUCUGCAAAACGAUCCUGCUAAGCGUAAGAAACCACUUCCACACAAACCAGUAUUUCAGAAAAAUUGAGUGCCCACACAUUCUCCAAAUAGAGGAAAGCAUCAUACAGUUUUUCGCUACAAAUGUAAUUGACAUCCUCACAAAUAUUAAGCAGCUCCUCAUCUUUUUACCCACCUACAUUGAAUACCUCCGCAUAUACGAAAUUUUAAAAAAAAAUGACAUUUCUUUUAAAGGGGUAAACGAAUAUACAAAUGAAAAAAAAAUUGGAAAAAUUCAGAAGCUGUUUAAACUUGGAAGAAUAAACAUCUUACUGGUUACUGGUCGUUUGGUUUUUUACGAGAGAUGUACCUUCAGGGGGGCCAACCACGUCAUCUUUUUUUCUCCCCCCAAAUUUCUUUUUAUGUACUAUGAAAUGAUUAAAAAUUUAGUCCGUUCCUCAAAUUCGUCCUCCAUUUGUUAUUAUACAAAAUAUCAUACUUACGAGUUGGAACGUAUCGUGGGACAAAAACUGGCCAUGCAGUUGAUGCGGGAGAAGCCCGGCAAGAUUACUCUCUUCAAGUGA